AUGGCUAAGCCAACAAGUGCAACUCCAUUUAAAAUUCGUGAGACUACACGAUUUUAUCCUUACUUUAAGGAUUGCAUUGGAGCUAUGGACGGUACACAUAUCCCAGCAAUGGUAGAGAAAAGAAAUGCAGCCGUUUAUCGGAAUCGACAUGGAAUUACAUCUCAAAAUGUGUUAGCGAUUUGCAACUUCGACUUGGAGUUCAUAUACGUGCUCAGUGGAUGGGAAGGGUCUGCUCAUGAUUCGAAAAUACUUAACGACGCAAUGACAAAAAGAAAUGGACUGAAAAUACCGCAAGAAUGCCGUUCGGAUGAGUUUCCGGUCGAGGAAGAGGAAGAUAGCCAUCCAUCAACGCUUGUAAAUGACGAUGAAAUUUUGACACAACAAACUCAAGAACAACAACGUCAAGAAGCUAAUGCAUGGAGAAAGAGUAUAGCGGAUGAU